AUGAACAUUCCAGUUUCCGGACCUAUAUUGCAAGAAAAGACACUUACAAUAGCCACUACUCUGGGCCUUUCUGACUUCAAAGCAUCGUCUGGAUGGCUCACCAAAUUCAAAGCCAAACAAAACAUUUCGCAAUUCACAAUCAGUGGUGAACAUGGCGAUGUCGAUGCCAUGACAACUGAUGAAUGGAAUGCCAAAUUGCCUGCUAUUAUAGAGGGAUAUGCACCUAGAGACAUCUACAAUAUGGAUGAAACUGAGGUUAGCUAUCGUGGUUUAACAGACAAAACAUUGUGUGUAAAAGGUGAACAGUGUGCUGGGGGAAGUUAUCAAAAGAUAGACUUGAUAGUGUUGCGUUAUGUUGCAAUAGUGUUGGGGAAUUUGAAUGUACUGUUCUAA